CUAGUGUUGGAAGCAACUGCAGCAUAACCAAGUAGCCAUGGGAAGAACCAGGAUGGGGAACAAUGGCUUCAUAAGAGCUUCCUCCACUGCACUCCCUCUCCUAAUAUUUCUCCUGGAGCUCAUCCGGGGCCAGGCCAAAGCUACCAAUCGGAGUCGUGCUCCUGCGUUAAUAGUGUUUGGCGACUCAAUCGUCGACCCAGGCAACAACAAUGAGAUCCUCACCACAGUCAGAUGCAACUUCCCGCCCUACGGGAAGGACUUCGUCGAGCAUAAAGCAACGGGAAGGUUUAGCAAUGGGAAGAUCCCCUCGGACAUAAUAGCUUCUCUGAUAGGAAUAAAGCAAUAUGUACCAGCAUAUCUCGGAACAAGGCUUGAUGACCAAGAUCUCCUCACCGGUGUAAGCUUUGCCUCUGGCGGCGGCGGAUAUGAUCCUCUGACAGCUGAAUUAGUGCAAGCUCUAACACUGGAUGAACAACUAAAUUUGUUCAAGGAUUACAAAAAGAAGCUGAAGGCAAUUGCAGGAGAAAAGAGAGCUUCCACCAUCAUCUCUAGAAGUUUAUAUAUCGUAGCUACAGGAAAUGAUGAUUUAGCAAACACAUAUUUCACUAGCCCAUUUCGAAGAAACUAUGAUCUUUCCUCCUACAUCAAAUUUGUGGUGCAAUCAGCUUCAAGUUUCUUCCAGAAAUUGUAUCAUUUAGGAGCGCGACGAAUUGGCAUUACAGGACUUCCUCCUGUAGGAUGCUUACCAUCACAAAGAAGUCUUGCUGGAGGGAUCGAAAGAGAAUGUGUGCCCUUAUAUAACCAAGCUGCACAAACGCUCAAUUCUGAGCUACAAAUGGAGAUACAAAGGCUAAAUCGCACACUACCAGGAUCGAGGAUAGUCUAUAUCGAUAUUUAUACGCCUUUGCUUGAUAUGAUUCAACGCCCCUAUGUUUAUGGGUUUGAGGAGGUCAAGAGGGGCUGCUGUGGCACCGGAAUCUUCGAGGUUACUUUAACUUGUAAUAGCUACACCGCUCCAGCAUGCGGAGAUGUUUCAAAGUAUUUAUUUUGGGACGUGUAUCACCCUACAGAGAGGGCUUAUACCAUUCUGAUGACACAAGUUCUGCAACGUUAUGGCUCAAUGCUAAACUAAAAGAGCAAAAACACAUCAUUUGAUUGGUGCUACUCCUAGUUCACUUGUUCUGAACAAUAUUAUGAGUGUGCUCAUCAAAUUAUUUCUGUUUCAAUCCAAGUCAUAGUUUUGAAAUGUAACCAGUGCACAAAGCACUAGGCAUGUUAUGCUAGCUUCAUCAAUUUGUAUUCAUGCAACAUGAAUAAAGGAUAUCAUACUUAUUUGCAUCA